UUCGCGUGGGAAAUUUAAUGAAUGCACGUUCAGUAUUAAAAAAUUAAUGUUUUAAUUCUACAGUUUUAUUGCAUAUGAAUACAAAACAGUUAACGAGAUAAGAUAUGCGGGAAACUGGAGGCAAACGUGUUAGUGACGAUAAAACCAUGCGUUUCCAAUUAAAGGCUCCGCUGCUGGACUAGGAUGGUUUGUGAGACGCCGAUACUUCCGACGGACUCCGCCUCAGUUGGGCGUAAAUAGGGUCUCGUCACGUGACCAGACGAACCUGGACCGGCUGCUCUACGUUAUCUGACCUGAAUUAGGAGACUCUCUGGGGUUUAGAAGACAGCGGGGUGAUGUCAGAUAAACUGGGCCAGCAGUGAAAAUGGGCCAGAUAAGUCUGAAGCGUCUCUCCCCCUUUAAACUCCAACAGCCCAUCUCUGAAAAAACAACUCGUAGUGAGUUCAAAUAACGUAGGACAGUUAAGCUUUUCCCGGCUAAAGUAGAGCCAAUCAGAAUCAUUGUUACUGAGAGCGGGUAUAGAAAGCACAUGAUCAGAAAAACAAGAUUUUAUUGGACUGAAGUCACAGGUACAUCGCUCGUAAAUCAUACGAACACAAUGGCACCAAAGCAGAGAGGGACGGCAAAGAAAGUUGGAAAGCGGACGGGACAGCGCCGGCUGAACACGUGGAGUGAGGAACUGAUGGCAGCAGCAAUCAGUGAGUACAAGCAACUGGAGCAGGAAGGGCAGAUGCCGAACCUCAGACUCUUGGCACGGGCCUGGAAUGUGCCAAAAUCUACACUCCAGCGCAGAGUGAAGGGCAAGGUUCGGGGCCAUGGGCACUCAAUGGGGAGAAACCCUGUACUCGCAAAGGAGCAAGAAGAGAUGCUGGCAAACUUAAUCAAAACCUUAUCAAAAAGGGGGUUUCCAAUGAGAAAGCCAGAUGUACAGAAGCUGGCUUUUCAAUAUGCGGCAGCAAAUGGCAUCCGGGGUUUCUCCGAAGGCAAGGGAAAGGCUGGACAUUACUGGUUUGAAGGCUUCAUGGCAAGGAACCCAAGCCUCAGCAUGAGGAAGCCUGAAGCUCGUUCUGCGUGUUUCACCUCCACCGCGGUUCAGCAGUGGUUUGGAAACUAUGAGGAACUGUUGCGUGACCUGGAGAUUCAGGACGUGCCGUCACACAUCUGGAACUGCGAUGAAACUCGACUGCAGGAUCACUUUACCUUGUCUAAGGUGGAUGUAGAUCUUGGUGCCCCCUGUUACCAUUUAACGGCAAGUCUGAGGGGCGAGACAACGACUGUGCUGGCCAGCCUAAAUGCUGCAGGACAGUAUGGUCCCUUGUUAAUAAUCUUUAAGGGGAAACGACUCAGGGCAGAGUGGCUGUUAGGGUCUCCAGACAACUGUAUGGUGAGAAUCUCAGAGAACGGUUGGAUAAACCCUGAGCUGUUCUUGGAGUGGGGCAGACAGUUUGUUGCCAUGCUCCCAAAGGAUGACCUCCGACCACAUGUGCUGCUGCUCGAUGGACACAGCAGCCGUGUUUUCAAUCUGGACUUCCUCAUGCUAAUGAUGAACUCCAAUGUGCAUGUGGUAUGCUUUCCAUCUCACGCCGCACGCGCUCUACGGCCAGCAGAAUGGUCCCUCUUCAAAAGUCUAAAGCAUAAUUGGAACCUGGAAGGCCAAAACUUGACCAGGCAGACUGGAAGAAAGAAGCUCCAAAGGAUGGACUUUUUUGCCGUUUUCACCAGGGCAUGGGAUAAGGCAGCAGUGGCACAGACCGCUCAAACUGGGUUUAGAAGGAGUGGCGUUUACCCAGUCAACAUAAAUGCCACCAAUCACUUUCGCCCAAGCAUAACCACAGAAUGGGUAAUGGAUCCUUCACAUAACACUACCCAGCACUCAUCUCACUGCCCUCCGCCAAGCGCUUUUCAGCAUGGACCACCACCAUGCACUGCUUCACACAAUGGAAUGUAGAUGGUAGCUAUUUCCCCAUCACCCAGUUAUGAAGCUGAUAUGGAAACUGCAGGAACCAUCGUUGCAGACUAUCACCAUAGCCCAAACCCAUCGCCCAUGCCCACGCACUCUCAAACUUCGAGACGCAAUCCCGCUAAGUCCUUGAGGGCUUAGGGCUGUCCUGCUGUCAGGUCGUGAACUGCACGAGAGAUCUCUCAUAGACGUUUUGAGCCAUUUAUGCACACUCACCAUAAGUCACCAUAAUUUCUGUGACCUUUGCCUGAGGGAAUUACCCACAAUUCAUGGUACUGUGAUAUAAGCGCGGAAGCAUAAAUGGUAAACAAACCAUUUUUGUGUAAUUAUGCUAUUUUGACAAAAAAAAGAGUAAUUUGAUUAUUUGACAAUUACCUCUCGCCCACUCUGUAAGGAAAAUGCCUGCAACACGUUCAAAUGAGGCAACUGGUCACUUAAGCGUCUUGGUUGUGAAGAAAGUCCUAAUCUUAAUGCAUAAAGUCCCAAAUUCACAAUAAUAAAGAACAUGUUUUGGUGUUGCCAAGGUAACGUGAUACGUUGCAACGUGCUGUCCCAUUUCUAUUCAUACCAUUCUCAACCCUUGCAGCCUCUUGUACUCAAUCACUUACCAAGUGACACCAGUCAAGUCUGUGAGGGUUCAGGGCUAAUGCUGUGUUCCAUUUGAAAUUGGAAGUUGGAAUUUAUGACUUACAAGUUGGAAUUUUCAACUGAAACGCCCCCCUGAAGUCGGAAAACAGUUAGAGGAACCUCUGCAACAGGGACUUCAGAAUUCAAGACGGCCGCACACUUCGUUAAACGAAAUGAAAGCUGUAGUUUUAUACCGUUUAUUAGCACUUGUGUCUUACUUGUGUUUUAUUAAAUCAGUCAUACACGCAGUACUGUCCAACCGCUGUUUGUGGACGUAAUGCUAUGAUGUUUGUGUGUGUGUGAAAUACUGUGUAAUGCAUUGUUAUUUUUUUCUUUUGAUGUGAUAAGGGAACAUAAAAGAUUGCAGAAAAUCAGAGAUGGGAUAUUGCAUCCCGCUUUCCCUGUAUCCACCCCAAUCCAAGUGAUUCUUAUCCUUGCGUAUAAGACAUUGAUCUUCUUUGACCUGAUCGGACACUCCCUCAUAAUUUACAUUGUCUUUACGCAAUGUCUUAUACGCAAGUAUUAUGCAAGUUUUACGCAACUUCUUAUUUGCAAACCUCCCCGCGGCUGAUUUGCUGCAUAACACCUCCUGUCUGCCCUUUGAUGUAUACCCUUUGUAUGGAUGUUUGUUCAGGGUCUUAUCAUGAAUGUCUCCAUGGCUCGUUGAACGUUACUGCGCUGGACAGAUAGAAUUAUAUUGUCCACCAUAUACCUUAGAACAUGAAUUACGUGUGGUGUUCGCAUUACAGCACUCUGCUGAGGACAGGUGCCCUGCCUCAUGCCAACUACGAUAUGCUUCAGGUAACAAGAAACCAGCGGCAUAAAGUCUUUGAAAAUGGGCGCAUGG